GACGUAAAUCAAACAGUUUCUGACGGAAGCAAAGAAAAAAACAAAGAAGAGUGAUGGCUGAUUGGGGGCCGGUUUUUGUAGCUGUGAUUCUGUUUGUUUUGCUAACUCCAGGUCUGCUGUUUCAGCUUCCUGGCAACCGCAGGUGCUUGGAGUUCGGCAACUUUCACACCAGUGCUGCUGCUAUCAUCGUUCAUUCAGUUCUCUACUUCGGUCUCAUUUGCGUCUUCUUGCUUGCCAUCAAGGCAUUUCAAACCGUGGCAGUUACAUACGAUCAAAAGGCUAGAAAACAAUGGAAGAAAUGAACUGAAACAGUCUCAAAAGUAGGAAG